AUGGCAACCCCAAUUCCCUCCUCCAGCGCCCUGCGCGUCCUGCGGCGUUCUAUUCACUCCCCCACACCCGUCAUUUCCCGCCACGCAGCUCGAUCGCAAGUCCGGCACGCAACCCUUCUCCGGCGCCCUAAACGGCCCUACACCUUCACACAGCUCGUCACGCUCUCCGACGGCAGCACCUUUUUGCACCGCACGACGUCGCCCGCCCCGAUAUACAAGUCUACGAAGGACACAAGGAAUACGCCGCUGUGGAAUCCGAGUAGCCAGAAGCUAUUGAAUGUGGAGGAGGAUGAGGCGGGGAAAUUGGCGGGCUUUAGAGCCAAGUUCGGGCGCGGAUGGGAUGCUGAGCAGGUAUGUUGUUUCCCGACUGCGAAGUCAGAUCAUCUGAUGGAUCUUAUAAGUGGCCAAGGCUCAGGCCAGGGGAAAGCUGCACCCGCAGGAUCGAAGCCAGAACCAGCGAAAGGAGCGCCAGCG